AUGAGUGACGAAGAAGACCCUGUUGUUAGCGAGAUGCCAGUGUUCUUGUCACAUGCCUUGGAAAAUCAGCUGUUUGUACUCCAAUAUCCUACAACACCUGCAGGACGUUCUCAAGAGAAUGACAACAUUAUUAAGUGCUCCUUCAAACCAAACAACCAAGAGCUUGUGAUGGAGAAGGCGAUUGACACAAACUCUCGUAACUACGACAUAAGCCACGGAAAGCAGAUUGCAAUCGACGUUGACGACAGAAAGAACCAGAAGCCCAGUGAGAAAUAUUUCCAAAGUAAUGCGAUGGACAAACAGACGCUCCAGUCCACUCGAGUGAUCACAGACGAAGGCACUGUUGCCGUGGCUACCGUCUGUGAUGGUAAAAUGAUCAUUUCUCCUAUCCAAGGAGUAUUGAGUGUAAACCCAAUCUUACCACAUCUCGAUGUCACAUAUAAAAGAGCCAAGGAAGAGGCUAAGGACAUGGGAGAAGAUGUUUCGGAAGAGGAAUCAGAUACCGGUAAUAAAGAAAGAUGUCAGGUUAAGUUUGCUGGGCUAGAGAGCGAUAAAAAAGCAAAGGAAAAAUCAUACAACUUCUUGACUAAACGUAGUGCCGAGGAGAAGUGGUAUGAGACACAGUACCAUCCAUCCAGUAGUAAGAUGGCCGAGGUGGAGAGGUCCAAAUUGACAGCUGUAGAGCUAGAAGAUCAAAUGGACUCUAUGUGUUUAACACCCCGUCAGUACAUGGACAGUAUUGUCCCAGUGCAAAUGGACCCCCCCUCGGAGUUUCCGAGUGUGUCUGAUUUUGUGUUGGAAAUUAUAAAACGAGUGAAGAUAAUGACAUUCAGUCAAUUGUCAUCAUUGGCGGCAGGUGCAGGAGAACCAGAUGAGGUGGAGCUGUUACGCAGCAUACAAGAGGUGGCAGUUUUAGUACAAGGCAACUGGGUGAUCAACAGCAAGUGCCUCUAUGGUAAAGGCACAUUGAGUCCUAACAACGGGGUGUCGGCAGAACUCAUGUGUCGUGCUCGAGAUUACAUUCUCUACGAAUUUUCCGAGGGGAAAAUUCUUCAACGGAGGCAGGUCGCUGAAAUGGUGGCACUGCCUCCCGAGGAAAUCGAGGGGAUGUUUUCUCAAGUGGCAAAGAAGUCGAAGCCAAAGAAAGGUUGGGAGCUGGCAUUGCCUCCCGACAAUGACUUCAUAGAGAGGAACCCAGAGGUGGUUAGUCAGCAAAAAAGAGCCUGGGCGACCAAGUACAAACAACUCAUGGAGACUUUCAAAGAGGAGAAAACCUUGAGAUCUCUGAGAAGGAAGUCCUCUAUGAGUGGAUCUGACUUAGAAACCAUUCGUCCAAAACUCAGAAAAGAUGUAAAAAAUGUAUAA